AAAAUACCGAUGGAUCUUCGCUACAUCAAGAUCCUGCGGUUGGCCUUGAGGACGAUCGCUUCCUGGCCUGGGCAAGAAUUGGGAGAACAUGUGCGGAUGAUUUCGAACUAUUACAUCUACUAUCUUCUCUUGUCGCUUUUGAUUGCGCUCAUCCCAGUGAUCCGCUACGUGAUCCAAAAUGCCAAGACAAUGCACAUCACCGUACUGGGACACAUUUGUAUCAGUGUGCUUCUGACGUUCACAAGCACAGCGAAAAUUCCGUUACUGUGUCUUCGCAAAGAAUAUCGUAAAUUCGGAAAAAUGUUUUUUACGGAAAUUCAUUUGGUUUAUACAAAAAAUAAAUCGGAAUACGCGAUGAAGACACACCUACGAGUUCACAAGCUAUCAGAAUAUUGUAGCAUAUACUUAAUAUCGAUGUUGAGUGCGACGAUUAUAUUCUUUAACUUGGGUCCGAUGUACGUGAACUACUCCACAGGAUUGUACAGGGACGGAAUCCCGGAAAAUUCCACCAACGUGUACGCUCACGCAGCAUAUUACGCCGGCUUCCCUUUCCAAUGCGACUAUUUGAGGGAUUUCGACUGUUAUAUCGUCGUCAGCCUCUUUACCUGGUACAUAUCUUAUUUCGUUGGAACAUUUCUAUCGAUACUAGAUCUUUAUAUCUACAUCACAGUGUUUCACAUUUGGGGGCAUUACAAAAUCCUGAUCAACGAUUUGGAGACAAUCGCGGAACCAAAUUCUAAUGGUAAAUAUUCCGCUGAGGAAUCUCACAAUAUAACUGAAAGGCUCAAGAACUGCAUCAAGUAUCAUCAUAUUAUUUCAGAGUAUACCAAAAAGAUGUCUGACUUGUUUGGAGCCACACUAUUUGCCAAUAUUUGCUUCAUGCAGUUGGUAUCUUGCUUGUUGCUUCUUGAAUGUUCCUAUAUGACCGCGGAAACGACGAUGCGCUACGGCCCGCUAACUGUGAUGGUAUUCCAAGAACUAAUUCAGUUCGGUCUUGUCUUCGAGCUUACUGGUACUGCUGGCGAUGAUCUCAGGAAACAAGUGUACAAUAUACCCUGGGAGUAUAUGGACACAAAAAACCGUGCCAUGGUAUUGUUUUUUCUAAUGAACGUCCAGAAACCAGUGCGAGUGAAAGCAUUAGGGCUCACAGAAAUGGGUCUCGCUACUGUUGCAUCUGUAAUCAAAACUUCGUUCUCCUAUUUCGCUUUCUUAAGAACAAUUGAUUAAUCGAGAAAAUCAAGAGUAGAAAAUAUAGGCUAUAGAAAAUUGUGAACAAUGAAUAACUCCGUACUGAUUACUAUAAAUUCAUUAGCAGGAGCUGAAGUGGAGUGGUUAGCGCGUUCGGCCUAUGAUAGUGGCGGUUAAGACACUCUCGCAAUGGUCAGUUAUUGGAUGGGUGACCAAAAUUAUCUUGAGCUCCUCCAAGCUUCGGAAGGCACGUAAAGCCGCCAAUGGCAAC